AGGUCAGUGAGUGACUAUAAUGUGUCAACUGUAAUCGUGUACUUCUAUAACAGCCAGCAAUCAUGAGUGUCAACUUCGUAGAUUAUUUCGCCAGCGAGCACAAUGGAUACGAUAUUUUAUAUCAAAACAUGAAAUACGGGCUGAUAGCUAGCAAAGAGUUCUCAGACUACCUCAGAGAAAGAUCGAAUAUUGAGGAAUCGAAUUCGAAAUUGCUGUCGAAGCUAGCGAAACAGGCGAACAGCAACUGCGCUCAAGGCACUUUCGCCCCCUUCUGGGGCGUGUUAAAAUGCUCUGCGGAGAAACUGUCCAAUUUGCACCAGCACAUGUUUCAGAAAGUGAGUGAGCUGGUCAAGGAUGUGGCAAGGUAUGCCGAAGAGCUGAACAAGAAGCAUAAAGCCGUGAAAGAUUCUGAGUCUAGCACUCUAGAGGUGGUUCUACUUAUACAAAACACUAAACAGGCUCUACAGAAAGCGAAAGACUUGUACACAAGCAAGGGGGCGGAUCUAGAGAAACUUCGCAAAGAUAAUGCUUCAGCAAAAGACAUUGAAAAGGCUGAGGUCAAAUUUAAAAAGCUACAUGAUGAAUAUAGGCAACUAGUUGAAAAAUAUAACAUGGUUAAACAAGAUUUUGAAAAGAAAAUGACACAAACAUGCAAACAUUUUCAAGAUGUGGAAGAAGCACAUUUAAAACAAAUGAAACAGUUUGUGAAUGUGUAUGCUGACAUUAUACAGAACAACCAUGACCUCAUGGGUCAGGUGCAUAGAGAUUUUAAACAUCAAUGUCUUGAGUUAACAGUUGAAAAACUACUAGAACAGUUCAUUACUGAUAAAUAUAUGGCAAUAGAGAAGCCAAACUUAGUAGAGCUGCCAGUUUCUUUACCUAAACCAGGUUCAGCUAACAAUUCAAUAUCAGAAGCUGAUCAGAUAUCUACAGUUUCAAAUGGGUCUCACAAACCUGCACAACCCCCUAAGGCAGCUAAGAAAGAGAGCCAAUCUUUUGCCAGCAAGACCUCUAGAAGGACCACAUCUCUGUUAAACCUGUUCACACCCAAUUUCCAAAGUAAAGAUGAGCCAACUGGGAGCAUUGAAGGGGCCGCCCCAUGCUCUGCUCCGUCUAGCCCCAGUGGUACCCCAGCCACACCUGUAGUCCCUGAUAAAGAUGCAGACAUGGGUCGCACAACACUCAGAGAGUCCAAAUGGUUCCUACGCAGCAGAAGAACCAAAACAAAGCUGAAAAAAUCCAAAAAGAAAAAGGAUGAGAUUUCUGAAAAUUCUAACAUGGGUGACAAGUCUGACUUAGAGGAAAAAGAAGAAGAGGUUCCAACAAAAGAUGAUCUGAUGAACUCUCCAGAGGUAGACGAUGAAGGGUACUGCAUCAGACCUAAAGAUGAGAAAGGUAGUGUUUAUUCUUCAUCUGACACUGACUCGGAGGAAGAGAGAGAGCAAAAGAUACAUGUAGAGAUUAAACCUAUUAGUAAUGGUAGUGCUCCUAUGUCGGCAAGUGUAGAUGAGCUAAGAGCAACAGUUGAAAACAUCUCCCUGUACAAGAUUGGAACGAAUACGAGGCGCGGCUCAAACGCGAACGCAAGCAAAGCCAGCAGUGACUUAUUAGACUUGAACUUUUUCCAGAGUCCCACAGCCAGUAAUCCCACCUCUCCCCAUGGUGUCUCAAACCCUUAUGCGCCUUUACAAGCUAACCAAUCGCAGCUCUUAGAGAGCCCUACUCCAGUAUCCACAGCAGAUGUAGGAGACUUGUUUUCAGAGGUUGGAGAAAUGAGCCAAACUAACAUUAGAACGUCCACGCCUACAAUGUCGUCUAUCUCGCUCCCGCGCCCUCCUUCAAGGCGAUCAGAGGGAGAUUUCCGAACUGCCGGCUCAUCAGGGUCCCGAGGGCCAUCUCCUCUGACAAUAGGCAUGGCUGAUACAAUACCCUUAGCUGUAGCCUUCCAUGAGAUCAUCCACUCAUACUUCAGAGGUUCAGAAGAGACUAAAUGCCAAGUGAAAAUGUCGGGAGACAUGAUGUUGUCCUUCCCGACUGGCAUAGUUGGUGUGUUAGCUAACAACCCCAAUCCGGCGAAGCUCUGCUUCAGACUGAAAAACAUACACAGACUAGACAAUGUCCUGCCUAACAAACAACUUAUUAGCAUCAAUGCUAUGAUGUCAACUCGUGACACAACAGUUGUGGAAUUUAACAUGCCAGCAUUAACUUCUCUGCUUAAACGGCAGUCUGAAAAGAACCCCACAGCUCAAUACUUCAAUGUAGACAUAUUGAAAUAUCAAAUACGUCCAAAGGCCGGCGCGGCAUCAUGUCCAUACCAACUGGUAUCAUACUGGAAAUGUGAGAGAGAGCACACUGACUUGAAGGUGGAUUACAAGUAUAAUCUCCAUGCCAUGAGCCCGCCUUCUCCAUUGCUAAACGUAUCUGUGUGCGUGCCAAUGGAUGGAGGUGUGACGAAUGUUAUAGCUAUGCCGAAUAAUACUUGGAAUGCGAAGAACGAGCAAGCUCUAUGGCGUUUUACUGAAUUGUCCCAACAUUCUGAGGAUAGGGGAGUAGGUUCUUUAAGGGCGCGAUUUGAGCUGGAGCAUGGGCCUUCUACAAAGGCUACGAUUUCUGCUCAGUUUAAUUGUGAAGGCGCAACACUUUCAGGCAUAGAGUUUGAGCUGAUAGGCAGCGGCUACCGCCUUUCCCUGGUCAAACGCCGCUUUGUCUCUGGAAAAUACAUUUGUGAUAGUGAUAUUCACUGAUCGGUCCAAUCCCUUAUGAAUGUUUGUACAUACUUGUAUUGUAUGUGUAGUGCGUAAAUUUAACUAAGCUCGUACAUGUACUACAUGUUCGGUACCUUAUAGGAUUGUUUCCUGUCCACUUGGAAUGAUUUCAUGUAAUUUCAUUUUAAUUAGUUGUAUCCAACUACAUGUUGUAUUAACAUUUGUACUGUAUAUUUAUGAUUGAUUAAAUUCUGAGAUAACUAAAUUAUAUUCAGUAUGAUUAGAGAUGUGCCAUUUUUACAUUACUUGCUGAAUUGUGAGACAAUAGUUCUACUGCAGGCUUUAAGAUGUGAGUGUACCUCUUUUUGUUUAUAUUUAGUAUGCAUCACAAAGUUUUAUGUUAAUAAUAAGUUUUUUUUGUAUUACCUAUUUAAACCCCAACAAAUUAAGAUACUUUAUAAAAACAUACAUGGAAAAAUAUUGAAAGUAAUUAUUAACAUUGAUUUCUGAAGUUUAACUUAACCUCCAAAGGCCCACCAUACAAAGUUUCCCUAUUUUUAAUUUGAACCUUGUUGUAUAGAAGAUUAGGGUGACUUUCGUUUGUUUUAGAAAAAAUGAAACAAAAGAAAUGCUACUUAAUUCAGUUAGUGUAAGGUUCAAAUUAGAUUGAAACAGAGUGUACAUUGUAAUGCACAUUGGGCCUUACGAGGUUAAAAUAUAUUUCGAAAACAAUAGUGCCGAAUUUUAUGGGGUUUCAGUGGACAACAUUAUUGAUUUUAUUGUUAGAUCGUAAUUUUGAAUGGUAGUUAUAAUUUUGUAGGGGCCUAAAUGAGAUGCAAUAAAUAUUGUAGUUAUUAGAUUCGACUAACAAUGUGUUAGGUCACAGUUAAUAAAUUUGAACUUAUAAUAUUUUUUUCAUUAUUCAAAUAUUCUGAAAAAAUUAAAUAAUAUUAAAUAACUAAAAUAUUGCAACUAAUAGAAUUUCUAAAUCUUCAAUAACUUGGCUUUCAAUUAAUCAAUUAUGAAUUUGAUUGAAUCUCGCAAUUAAUAUUUUAUAUUUGAAGCAUUACAUUUUAAGAAUUAUAAUAAGUCCGCAUUUAGUUGCCAACCACCGCAUUAACAUAUCUAACCAUUACUCACAUAAAUGUUAAUUUCGUUUUUAUAUUUACUCAAGAGUAAUCUCAUCUAUUUAUGUUUUAUAUAAAGAUCGCAAAAUGUAUAUGAAGAUCAUAUUUAUUGAAAUACCUAUUCAUGGCCUAAUGCUUUGUAUUAUUCCAAUACAUUUAAAUAAUGUUUAGCUAAGUGUUACUUUACCAAAACGGGAAGUGUUCAUAAUAAAUAACAGACUACCAUAUAUAACUUUAGAUAACUGUACCUCAGUACAAGAAAACCAUUCCAAUUAUUCUAAACUUUAAUAUUUAAUUCUUAAGGGUUAAUUUUGUAUAACAAACUUAUUCGCCCCUUUGGUGCGUUCAGAAAUAGGCGUUACAUUUGUUUUUUUUUUUAUUCUCUGGGUAGCUACUCAAAAAAAGUUAAGAACUGUAAUUGAAUGCGUAUUUUUAUAUUGUAAAAUUUAUCGCAUGUGUAAUUUCUAUAUACUGUAACUAUUUACAAUGAUUAUAAUUUUGAAAUUAAAUGUAAUUUUAGCCUUUU